AUGGAGCAGAAUGGGGGAGCCUGUGGGAACCCUGGGGGCAUGGAGCAGAAUGGGGGAGCCUGUGGGAACCCUGGGGGCAUGGAGCAGAAUGAGGGAGCCUGCGGGCACCCUGGGGGCAUGGAGCAGAAUGAGGGAGCCUCUGGGCACCCUGGGGGCAUGGAGCAGAAUGGGGGAGCCUGCGGGUACCCUGGAGGCGUGGUGAAGCGGGAGGUUCCCCAGGUUCGUGUCCACUGUGUGCUGGGUCUUGCUUCUUCUGGACGCGUCACAAGCCCCAGGGUAGUGCAGAGGGUGGGGGCAAGCUUGGAGGGUACCCUCGGGGACUCAAGGCCAGGUGCCUGGGAGCGCAUCUUCAGCUUGCUGGCCACCAUGGUCACUGCAGCAUCCAGGCCCACAUGUGCCCAGACACUUCCCUUGGCCAUCACAGGGCUAGGGGACAACCUUGCAAAUAUCUCGAGUAAAGCAGUGGAGGAAAUGGACUCAGCACGCGCCAAGGUCCUGAGACAGGAGGACCUGCAGGAGCGAGCGGAGCACCAGAAGGGUGGUGCACCCCCUCUACAGUACGUGGAAGCCCUCAUGCAUGUGGGCACUGCCAGAAACAUGGACCGAAAGAAGAAGACAGCAGCAAUGCCCAACUCCCCGGCCGAGGUGAAGACACAGCUCCGGUCCACGCCACCCAGCAUGCCACCACCACCACCUGCCACGGUCCAGGGAGCCUCAAGGCACCCCUCCUUCACACCCCACACAAAUGGAGCGGAUGGGCCUGUGACGUUUCUGCCCCCUGGCCGUAAUCAUGGCUGCUUAAAGUGGUCCAUGGUCUGUCUCUUGAUGAGCGGCAGCAGCCACUCGCCGACAGGCAUCAACGGUGCGCCGUCCACACCCAGCGGCUUCAGCAAUGGCCCGGCCACCUCGUCCACGGCCUCCUUGUCCACUCAGCACCUGCCCCCGGCCUGCGGCGCCCGGCAGCUCAGCAAACUCAAGCGCUUCCUCACCACGCUGCAGCAGUUCGGCAGCGACAUCUCCCCAGAGAUCGGCGAGCGGGUGCGCACGCUGGUGUUGGGGCUCGUGAACUCCACGCUGACCAUCGAAGAAUUUCACUCCAAGCUCCAGGAGGCCACCAACUUCCCCCUGCGGCCAUUUGUCAUCCCCUUUCUGAAGGCCAACCUGCCCCUGCUGCAGUGUGAGCUUCUUUACUGCGCCCGCCUGGCCAAGAAGACACCCGCCCAGUACCUGGCCCAGCACGAGCAGCUCCUCCUGGAUGCCAAUGCCUCUUCCCCGGUUGACUCCUCAGAGCUCCUGCUCGAAGUCAACCAGAAUGGCAAGAGGAGGACCCCCGAUAGGACCAAAGAGAACGGGUCAGACAGAGACCCACUGCACCCUGACCACCUCAGCAAACGGCCAUGCACGCUGAGCCCUGCCCAACGCUACAGCCCUAGCAACGGGUUUAGCCACCAGCCCAAUGGGCUGCCCCACCCCAACCCACCUCCGCCCCAGCACUACCGCCUGGAGGACAUGGCUAUGGCCCACCACUUCCGAGAUGCCUACCGCCACCCUGAGUCCCGGGAGCUGCGGGAGCGCCAUCGGCAAAUUGCAGUGCACGGGUCUCGACAGGAGGAGAUCAUUGACCACAGGCUUACAGACCGCGAGUGGGCUGAGGAGUGGAAGCAUCUCAACAAUCUCCUCAACUGCAUCAUGGACAUGGUGGAGAAGACGCGGCGCUCGCUGACCGUCCUACGCCGGUGCCAGGAGGCCGACCGCGAGGAGCUCAACCACUGGCUGCGGCGCUACAGCGACACCGAGGACCUCAAGAAGGUGCCCCCGUCCACCGUGCGCCCCCUCGGCACCUCCGUGGAGGGACCUCCUACAGAAGCCCACCGGGAGUUCAUGCCUAGGACGCUGCCCGGCUACAUGCCGGAGGAGGUGUGGAAGAAAGCCGAGGAGGCGGUGAACGAGGUGAAGCGUCAGGCCAUGUCCGAGCUGCAGAAGGCCGUGUCAGACGCCGAGCGCAAGGCCCACGAGCUCAUCAGCACCGAGCGCGCCAAGAUGGAGCGGGCGCUGGCCGAGGCCAAGCGACAGGCCUCCGAGGACGCGCUGACCGUGAUCAACCAGCAGGAGGACUCGAGCGAGAGCUGCUGGAACUGUGGGCGGAAGGCCAGUGAGACGUGCAGUGGCUGCAACGCCGCGCGCUACUGCGGCUCCUUCUGUCAGCACAAGGACUGGGAGAAGCAUCACCACGUGUGUGGCCAGGGUCUGCAGGGCUCCGCGGCCACGGGCACCGGCCAGCCCGACAACCCCACCGGCCCUGCGCUGCCCCUGGGCUCGGCCAGCCCCAGUGAGGCUGGCUCCGCAGCACCCUCACGGCCUGGCUCCCCGGGCCCGCCUGGCCCACUUGACGCUGCACCCCGCUGA